AAACACUCAUACAAACCUGCUCAAGCUGUCACUCUAUUUACAUUGUGCUUGAGCGACGCGACGCACUUAACGCGUCCUGUCCGUUCUGUUGCGCUCAUUCCUGAUCACUUUCUUUGAUAAUAAUGGUCGUGUUCUGAUUUUUGUCGUCGAUAGUGUAAACGGGGGUGUGAGUGAAGUUUAAGGCGGAAGUUGAACUUGCACUAGUGCGCGUCUGUCGCUCGAUCUCAUUCAUGCGUUUGGGCGCUCGGACCUCCGCGUGUAAAACAGCCGGCGUUGUCUCGACGCGUUUAUGAAGUUGCUGCGGUGGAAAUAAAUCAGAUUGAGACAGAUGAGCUCUUUUUACGGCGAUAAGACUGCGUUAGGACUGGCUGAGGAGCUCAGUCAGGUGCACUGUCAGGAUGAACUGGAGUUUGAGUAUCUCUUUGAGUAUGGAUCCACAGCGGCACUUCAAGAUGAUCAAAGCAUCUCCUCGCACAAAGACCUCAUCUCUUCUCCCGGCCUUUCCUAUCCUGUGGAGGAAGCUCAGCCGUACGGUAUUAAACCGUGUGCGGCUUCCUUCACCGAGCUCAGCGCCGAAGGUCUCUCAGGCUACGAGCAGCUGGAGCCGAAGGGCUUCCUGGAGAACAUCCGACCCAACAGCCAGGCCUUGAGCCCCCGAAUCGAGAUCACACCCUCCCGCGAGCACUAUAGCCAUGGUCGAGACUCGCUCCAGAACCAUCUCAUAAACACCAGCCCCAGUCCCGGUCUCACCGUGCCAGGUCACGACCCUUUGGCCUACCGGGAGCCGCAGUGCCUGAGUCCCGCCAGCAGCAACUCAUCCACCUCCUGGCACUCGGAGAACCUCUCGCCCUGGGCUUCCCCUUGCGUUUCGCCCAGCAACAGCCAAGCGGCUGGAGAACUUUGCCCACGCCUCCAGGGCGUCCACACGGGUUCCCCUCGAACCAGUCCGGGCACUUCUCCGCGAACCAGCCUGGCCGAGGACGGCUGCGUGGGGCCGCGCUCUCCUUCGCCCCGGCCCGGCUCGCGUUCCACCUCCCCUCUAUGCAAACGCACCUACGACAUGUACAGAAACCUGGUGCCGGUGGCCCGUUCGCGCAGCCCGUCGCCCCACGGAGGUCACGAAGAGCAUCACGCCCACCAUUAUGGCUCCAAUAACAUCUCAGGGGUCAUGAAUGGCUUUGGCGCUGCCCAAGCUAGUUCCAUUCCUACCAAAAUCGUGAAGACCAACCAGCAGGCCUACUCGGUUUACCCUGACAACCACACUGAGAGCUACCUGGUGUCGUGUGACCAGGAUGUGAAGACCAAACCUGGCCCUGAACCGUUCUUCGUAAUCCCUCAAAUUUGGCCCAAACAGCUGGUGCCUGGAAUAUGCAGCAUCCCCGUGGCCUCCCUGCCCCCUCUGGAGUGGCCUCUGCCCAGCCGCACCGAUCAGUAUGAGCUGCACAUCGAGGUGCAGCCCAAACCGCACCACAGGGCUCACUACGAGACCGAGGGCAGCCGCGGGGCGGUCAAGGCCCCUACCGGAGGACACCCGGUGGUCCAGUUACGUGGAUACAGAGGCAAGGAGCCACUGGGAUUGCAGAUCUUCAUUGGCACGGCAGACGAGCGAAUCCUCAAGCCGCACGCUUUCUACCAAGUUCAUCGCAUUACCGGCAAAACCGUCACCACCACCAGCUACGAGAAGAUCAUCAACAGCACCAAAGUCCUGGAGAUUCCUCUUGAGCCAAAGAAUAAUAUGAAAGCAAUAAUUGAUUGCGCCGGGAUUCUCAAGCUUCGCAAUGCCGACAUCGAGCUGCGGAAAGGAGAGACGGACAUCGGGCGAAAAAACACACGUGUUCGACUGGUUUUCCGUGUUCAUAUUCCCCAGCAAGGAGGCCAACAUGUGUCUUUGCAAGCUGCUUCGCAUCCCAUCGAAUGCUCCCAGAGGUCUGCCCACGAGCUGCCCAUGGUAGAAAAGCAGGACAUGGACGCCUGUUCAGUUCUUGGAGGCCAGCAGAUGAUUCUCACCGGCCAGAACUUCAGCGCAGAUUCAAAAGUGAUCUUCAUGGAGAAAACUCACGAAGGACAGCAAAUGUGGGAAUUGGAAGCCACAGUUGACAAAGACAAAAGUCAGGCGAGCAUGCUGUUUAUUGAAGUGCCUCCAUAUAGAGACCCAUCCAUUUGCCAUCCCGCCAAAGUCAACUUCUAUGUAAUAAAUGGGAAACGGAAGCGCAGUCAACCGCAGCAUUUCACCUACACGCCUCUACCAGUUCCCUCUAUUAAGACGGAGCCAGUGGAUGAAUAUGAACCUGGUCGGAUGGGUUAUUCCAUGUCGCAGAUGCUCGGGGUGUCUCCCCAGCAGUACUAUAACCCUCGUGGGGUCAUCACCCCAGACAGUGGCCUAGUGCCUGGUCUCGUCCCGUGUCAGCAGACCCGCCUGGGCGUCUCCCCUCCAGACCACCGAUUUCAGCAGCAGAGCCCAGCCAUUAUGUAUUCCCGUCCUGGAAAGAGUUUGUCAAGCAGUCCUAUCUACUCUCAGACAGGGCCUGCUAUGAUCCCAGACUCCCAUAGAUCGGUUCUGGUCCACACGGGUUCCCCAGCCCAGUCCUCUCACCUGGCUGGCCAACAUCCUUCCAACCAGCAUUCCUCAAUCAUCCAGUUCUCUCCCACCAACCACCACAUGCUCAGAGGAGGAGAUCCUCCCGCACCACCACCGCCAGAACAUCAACACAUCAUUUAUUGUGAGGGCUACGAUCAGCACGGUCCUCAAGCCACAGGGGCAAACCGUUCGCCGGCACCAGCCCAGGCACCUCAACACCCUCAGAAUUACCCCACAGUCAUCCAACAACAGCCCUUCCUUCAGAGAGUGGCCAAAGACAGGUCACCUCCUGUCCAAGUAGAGCCCCAGAGAUGUUCCUCAGCGGAAGAGCAGAGAACCAGCGCUCCUGGACGAGUCACAGUCAAGCAGGAGAACUUGGACCAGGCCUACCUUGAUGAUGUGAAUGAGAUCAUACGGAAGGAUCUGACAGGAGUGCCUGGCAGGAGUCAGACAUAGAGGAAAACCCUGAUCGGGAAGCACGCAGGACCCCUGGAGUGUCCGCAAUGCCCCCGUGUACCACCAUUCCCCCGCUUUCAGCGCCACACGUGACAACAGCAACAGCAGCAGCAGCAGCGAUACCUCGGCCCGGGCAAGUGUCACCCCUGACAAAAACUGGAUCACGGACCACAUUUAAGCAAACAUCCAUCUCAGUCAACUCCAGGAACAGCAGUGUGUUGAUGUGCACACGGUAUUGAAUUUCCCUGCUAUUAUUUGACUUUUGAAACUCGUCCAAUGUUGAUCUCAUAUGUCAAAGUUGUCAGAGCCUUGAGCCUUCGUAAACAGUUUGGAUUGGACAGGUGGAGUUAAAAUCAGUUUUUUUCCUUUUUGUGGCUUUUUUAUUCCAUAGCCUUUUGACUCACAUAAAUGAACUUACUCAGAUUAGUUUAUUUUGAGCAAUAACCUCAUCUUCUGUGAGACUAAACCAUUGCUGUCUGCCAUAUUCUCCAAAACAAGAAGUUUGCACAUACUUCUGAAUGGAAAGUGAAUACAUCACACACCGCUGAUAGAUUUGUGUAGGAAUUAGUUAUUUUUGUAUUAGAUGAACCACAUCAAUCCAAAUUUUCAGAAUGAAAAAGCCUUAAUAUUUGAAAUGACUAUAAGCAAAUGCACUGUUCAUGAAGGGAAUUCUUACAAACAGCGUAUGCACUUCUUGUCAGCAAAUUAUAUUUUAUUUAAAGUUUCUCAGCAAAAUGAGAUUUGUUUGUAAUCAUGUAGAUGUUGAAUACAGCUAAAGAAAACCAAUGAAGUGAUAUUUUCUUCUUUUUAGAUGUAAAUAACUGCUUUAACAUCUGUGCCUUUUCCAAGUGCUGUAAGUCUACCAAAAUGUAGAGCAAGAAACCAAAAAUGAAUGGAAAUGUCAGAGCCCAUAAUGUCCUGCACUACAUUUAGGUUCUGAAACGUCUUUGUGCCGUACUAAAACUGUAUGGUUAUCAUUGUUUAUUUGUGUACUUGUGAUCUUACAAAUGCAUUUGUUCUACUUAUGAAUAUACAACACUUGUCCCAUGUUAAAAUUUAGGUUAGAUGUAUUGCAGAUCUCUCUCACGUAACUGCUUUGCUUUUAGGAUAUGCAUUUAGAUUUUGUGUGCAAAUGUAAAACGUUCAAAACAUGGAAAUUAGUUUUUGUAUUUAUACUUGUAGUAGAUACUGCCUGCAUGUCUCCAUAACACAUUGUCACAUUAAUUGUGUCUCAAACUGACAAAAAGUGCAUUUAUUGAAGCAACAAACUAAUUUUAGACAGAAGUGUCUUUCUGAAAAUAGUUUUGAAAGCAAUCCUGCCCACUUAAAAAAAAUAUAUAUUUUUCUAUGUCUUUACCAUUUUGGCUGAAUAAUUAAGAGGUAUAAAUUAAUAAUUCAUUUUUAAGUAUUAUCUAAAAAAUUUUUUUGGAACGCGUUGUAAAAAGAGUGACGCUAAUGUUUUCAUGGAGCUGUUUUUUCAGUGUACAGUGGGCAUAACAAAACACCUAUAUUUAGAAUGUAAACCUUUACUUUUUACUGUAAAUAGAUUGCCUUAAAAGUGUAUAGACUGUUUCUAUAAGUUUUAUUUUUUAGAAUCCGAUAGUCGAAAUAGGAAGAGAAUAUUUAUAUGAACUGAAUCAGUUGUUCUCUUGCCAUUUAAUAUCUUAUAAUAACCAAGGCUCUGGGAAUAUAUGAACUGCCAAAGCUUUUGCUGCAUAAAGACAAAUUGCAUUUAAUUUUUUUUAUAUAUAUAUAUUAAUGUAAGACUGUCAAUGCCAAAAGAGAGACCAAUUCUAUUUUUAUUUCAUUUUAGCUUUUCAUGAUCAUAUUCAUGUUUUGGUUUAAGCAUGUCUAACCAAAUGUUUAGACGUGUUCAUGUUGUUUGUCAAAUAAAGCCUACUAGCUGAGAACAUGAGCAAUAAAACUGAAAGCUUUAAAGAGA